AAUAAGAUGAAAGCUUACAUAGACCCAGAGGAAGACGGGGAAGCCAAUUCCGGUAAAGAGUGCGAUGAAUCCAAGCAGACUAUUACCCCAUCCCAAUCCCAUCUUAUCAAACAUGGCCUGGCCGAACUGAGAAUGGUAUAUGGCGGCAUACUUGAAGGCGUCGAGGAUAUAGGUAUUAAGCGACAAGAAGCUGAGAACAGUUCCAAUGCCUUUCAAGUGCUUGUGGUAUUCGCCGCACCAUCCAUAAAUGAAGAGGCCGACUGCGAUAAAGACACUGCGGGAAUGGAACUCA